AUGGCUGCCCAGAAGGGCACAGAUGAAAUCCUGGAGGAGAACCAUUUGAAGAAUAAUUUGGAGGAGACAAAGCACAGCCUUGAGGAAGAAGGUAAUGAAGACAUAGAUCAGGAGGCCCUGGAGGAUGAACUACAUGAGGAGGAGGAUGACAGUGAGUAUGAGGGAGAUGAAGAGGAUGAUGUGGAAGAAGAGGAGAAUGAAGUGGAGGAGGAGGAUGAAGAAGAGGAGGAGGAUACAGAGGAGGAGUGCAGAGCCACAUCUGCCCCCUCUGUGCCACUGGAGCGGCCAACUCAGUGCCCCAAGUGUGGGCAGAGCUUCCCACCCAGCUUGGAGGUGGCGAAGUCUCACUGCCCCCACCCCAGUGCCCAGCCCUUUGUCUGUGGUGACUGUGGGCACAGCUUCAGCCUCAGCUCCAAGCUCAGCCAGCACCACAGGGUCCACAGAAGGAAGCAGCUGUACACCUGUGGUGGCUGCAGCAAGAGCUUCACUCGCAGCCUGACCCUCAUCGCCCACUGGCACAGCCACACCGGGAAGAAGCCCUUUGCCUGCAGCGAGUGCAGCAAGAGCUUCCGGCACAGCUUGUGUUUCCUCCAGCACCGCCGUGUCCACACCGGUGAGAGGCCUCAUGCCUGCAGUGACUGUGGCAAGAGUUUCCAGGGGGACUCGAUGCUCACUGCUCACUGGCAGGUCCGUGCUGGUGAGAAACCCUUCAGCUGCAGCGAGUGCGGCAAGAGCUUCAGCGUCAGCUGCCACCUGUUCCAGCACCGCCGUGCCCACACCGGUGAGAAGCCGUACCGCUGUGCCGGCUGUGGCAAGAGCUUCUGUUGGAGCAAGACCCUCAUCGCCCACUGGCAUGUGCACACUGGCAAGAAGCUGUUUGCCUGCACCAGCUGUGACAAGACCUUCAGCCACAGGUCCGACCUGAGCAGGCACUGCCACACCCACACUGGUGAACAGCCCUACCAGUGUGCUGAGUGUGGAAAGAACUUCCACUCCAGACGCAGCCUCACUCAGCACCACCGUAUCCACACUGGUGAACAGCCCUACCAGUGUGCCAAGUGUGGCAAGAGCUUCACCAGGAAGUGUAACCUCAUCAAGCACCAUUUUAUCCACACCCACAAGGAGCCUUACUGCUGUGUGGAGUGUGGGGCAAGCUUCAGUUCCAACUUCAACCUCACCCAGCACCGCCGUAUUCACACUGGUGAGAGGCCGUAUGGCUGUGGGGACUGUGGUAAGAGCUUCAGCUGCAAAUCUAAUCUCACCCAGCACCGCCAUGUUCACACAAGUGAGAAGCCUCAUGUCUGUGGUGACUGUGGUAAGAGCUUCUCCCGCAGAUCUCAUCUCACCUAUCACCGCCAUGUUCACACAGGUCAGAAACCCUUCACCUGUGCCAGCUGUGGCAAGAGCUAUGUUCACCGGUCCAACCUCACCCAGCACAUUCGAAUCCAUGCCUGUGACCAGCCCACACCAAGUGACACAGAAAUACAAAGCUCACAGCAUUUUCAGGGUAAACCUGAGCCCCCUGGGGGACCUUUUGCAGCAGAUUGAACUGAAAUUGCCUCUUUUCACCUGCUUUUCUCAGACACAAACAGCUCCCUCCCCUUUUCAGCACCAGUUAGUGCUGCGGAGAAUAAUUAGAGUGCUGAGUUGCCACAGCUGGUGCCACUGCUGCAGCUGGGCUGGGAGUUGGCUGUUUGCUCCCCAACACUUAGGGUUUCCUAGAAGUUAAAGGAAAGCCUCAUCCCAGUGAUAAUGAAAAUCCCAACUCUAAUAAAG